AUUGUGUGACGUCACAUCCUGUGCGAGUUGCAGGCCUCACAGCCUCACAACGGGACGAGCUCGGCGCCAUCGCCAUGUACCCGGGCUGGCCUCCUCACCAUGGCGGCCCCGCGGCCCACCCGCCGCCUCCGCCCGAACCCGGCUACCAGAGUCUCCGAGACCAGCACCUGGCCCAGCUCCAGCAGCUGCAGCAAAUGCACCAGCGUCAGCUAGAGAGCGUGCUGCCAGUGGGGGUUCCCCGCCAGCCGGCGGCCUACAGCUACCCCCCGCCUCCUCAGUAUGACUAUGGGCCGCCGCCCCCCAUAUACCAGCCCCCCGCUCCCCCAGCAGAGCCUCCGCCACCGGAGCCCGAGCAGCCGCCACCGCCGCCCGCCCCGGAGCAGCCCCCACCCCCGCCGCCUCCCACUGUCCCGGAGACCGGCGUCUCCCUUACCGAUGGAAGCGGCGUCUCCCUAGAGGAGGAGCAGCAAUACUAUUAUAAACAGCACCUGCUAAGUCUGCAGCGCAAGAAGGAUCGCGCCGACGAGGAGGCUGCCGCCGCUGCUGCCGCCUCCAGCGGUUCUCAGGCCCAAGACAGCAGUCUGUAUGCAUCUACAGGCUAUGCUGCACCACCGUCUACAGGCUAUGCUGCACCACCGUCUACAGGCUAUGCUGCACCACCGUCUACAGGCUAUGCUGCACCACCAUCUACGGGCUAUGCUACACCACCGUCUACGGGCUAUGCUGCACCACCGUCUACGGGCUAUGCUCCCCUACCGUCUACGGGCUAUGCUCCCCCACCGUCUAUGGGCUAUGCUCCCCCACCGUCUGCGGGCUAUGCUCCCCCACCGUCUACGGGCUAUGCUCCCCCACCGUCUACGGGCUAUGCUCCCCCACCGUCUACGGGCUAUGCUCCCCCACCGUCUACAGGCUAUGCUCCCCCACCGUCUACAGGCUAUGCUCCCCCACCGUCUACAGGCUAUGCUCCCCCACCGUCUACAGGCUAUGCUCCCCCACCGUCUACAGGCUAUGCUCCCCCACCGUCUACAGGCUAUGCUCCCCCACCGUCUACAGGCUAUUCUCCCCCACCGUCUACAGGCUAUUCUCCCCCACCGUCUACUCCAGCAAUGGCUCAGGUGCCACAGCCGCCGCCUCCUAUGCAAGAGACUGAGCCACCUCCUGCAGCAGACGAUACGACAAAUAUAAACCUGACCGAGGACCCAGAGCAGGCUCAGAGACUGAAGAGCCUGCAGGAAGCAGCAGCUCACUGGCAGCAGCACGAGCAGCAUCGGCUGGGCUUUCAGUACCAGGGGAUCAUCCAGAAACACAGCACUUUACAGCAGCUUCUCCAGCGCUACCAGCAGAUCCUACAGGAGCCACCUCAUCUUGCCGCGAUGUCUGUGGAUGUUCAGCUACAACACUAUGAAAUGCAACAGAAACAGUUUCUACCCCUCCAGCAGGAGUGGGAACAUCAAUACAAAAAGUGGCAGGAGUUGCUCCAAACCUACCCACACAAGGACUCGCUGCAGAGCUACAACCUACAGUGGGCACAGUGGCAGACACAGAUGAAAUCCACCAGAUCUCAGCUAAGAGACAAGGUGACUUCUAUGAGAAGCUUAAAGCAGAAGUAUGGGGGCAAUCACUACAUUGCUGUGGUUCCUCAGUUCCCCCCUUUCCCACCAGUCUUGCCUUCUGCUGCUACAUUGCCUGUACCGACAGGAGUAAGCGUACCUUUUACAUCAGGACCGCCUCUCUAUAGUGGUCCACCUCCCCUUCCUUCUGCUCCAGCAGCAGCAUAUUCUGAGCCCACUCCCCCUCUCCCUCCUGUUACCGACCCACCAUUGCCACCACCACCUCCACCUAUGACCCCUACAUCUGUUGAAGCUGUGCAACCACCACUGCCACCUGUCAGUAGCUCAGUCCACAUUGAGGCACCACCACCUCCGGUUACCCACCUUCCAGAGCCUUCUGCCAGCCGGCUGCAAUAUUCAUCUGCAGACAACCCAAAUGUACCAUCAACCACAGGGGAUGAGAAGACGAGUCUUGCCUAUCAGGCACAGCAAGAUCACAGAAGAGGUCCUCCCGAAAUCGGUAACGUGCCUCCUUUUCCUUCCCCGAAUCCGCCACCAGAAGUACUUACCACAAAUCUAUCUGGCCCUAAAUCACUGGAUAAUCUCUCUGGAACCAAAGUUGACGGCGCAGCACUUCCCAAUACGUCAUCUGGGCAAUCAAGGCUCCCUGACCUGGAGCAAUCGCUAUCUGGUCCUCCGAUGAAUAGAGGGGGUCCAAGAUUUGCUGCCCAAGGUCCUGUUUCCCCAGCUUUGAGGUUUCCCUCUCCUGGCCCUAAAGGACCACAUGGCUUUCAUGGGCCUCGUCCAGUGCUUGAUGGAAAGAACUUUCAGGUGUCAAAUUCUAGUACAUCAACUAUAGGACCUCCACAUUUUGCAAAGGAUGCUUUUCCAGCUCAAAGCCAACAUUGGGUACAGGAGCAGCCAACUGAAUCUGGUGCAGUUGACUCUACAAAGUCUUCUAACGAUAAGACGCUGCAAUAUGUAGACCCUAAUGCCCAGUUACCAACUCCAAGUAAAGAGACCUGGGAACGAAGUUCAGCAGAGGGUAAUAGAAACUUUGGAAAAUGGGAUACAAGAGACAAUAUUGGGAGGCCAGCAGAACCUUUAGAAAAGAAGUUGGAUGCAGAGCAGGGUGUACCAGAAAACAGAUUUGGCAGACCAGAAGAACAUUUACAUAGGUCAUGGGAUAGAUCUGUUAUACCUCAAAACAGUAGUUGGGAUAAGCCCGGAGGAACUGCUAGAAAUAAGUGGGAUAACAAAGAACCUUUUACUAAUACAUUGGAGCGAUCAGGAGGGUUACCUUUGGAAAGUGUAGAUAGGUUGAAAGCACCUUCCAAGGGCAUGUCUGAUAAACCAGAUCGACAGCAUUUUAAUACAGUAGAGGACUCCCCAAGGGACUUGUGGAGUAGACCUGAAAGUUCUCAUUUUGACCGACCGGAUGAUACAAGUGAACACAUGGCUAAUAAGUCUGAUAAAACCCCUAAUGACAGAUGGAGUAGCCAAGACAGGUGGAGCAGUCAUGAGCAGCUACCUCAAGAUAGGUGGGGAGUUCCAGGAAAUGAAUCACCUGACAGGAUAGAUGAUGAUUUCGGCUCUGAAAGAGAUUCUGAGGACAUCCCUCUGAACCGAUUUGGUGAUUCUAAGGGUGCACCUAUUGAAAGGUUUGGAGAUCACACAAAUACCCCUUCUGAUAGGUAUGGCGUUACUGACGCUCCCCCACGGAAUAGGUUCAAUGCUCCUGAGAUUCCAUUUCAGGACAGGUUUAGUCACCCUGAAUUACCUCCACGAGGGAGAGCUAGAUUCCCCGGUGGGCCUCCACGUGGGAGGAUGGGAAUUCCUGCAGGACACCCUCAUGACAGAUUCACUGUCCCAGAGAGUCAGUUUCAGGAAAACUUUGGAAUUCAUGACAGGCAUAGCUUUCAAGAGGAUCUUGCAGAAGACCAGUUUGGGGAACCCGAGACGCCUCUGCCCCGUGACCAAUUUGGUGGGCCUGAGGCGCCUUCUCCCCGAGACCGGUUUGGUGGGCCUGAGGCGCCUCCUCCCCGUGACCGGUUUGGUGGGCCCGAGGCGCCUCCUCCCCGUGACCGGUUUGGUGGGCCCGAGGCGCCUCCUCCCCGUGACCGUUUUGGUGGACCCGAAGCGCCUCCGCCCCGUGACCGUUUUGGUGGGACCGAAGCGCCUCCGCCCCGUGACCGUUUUGGUGGGCCCGAAGCGCCUCCGCCCCGUGACCGUUUUGGUGGGCCCGAAGCGCCUCCGCCCCGUGACCGUUUUGGUGGGCCCGAGGCGCCUCCGCCCCGUGACCGUUUUGGUGGGCCCGAGGCGCCUCCGCCUCAUGAACGGUUCGGGGAGCCCGAGGGACCUCCGCCUCGUGAUCGAUUCGGGGGGCCUGAGGUGCCUGGAGACAAGUUUGGAGGGCGCGAGAGGCAUUUGGAGCAGUUUGAAGGUCCACAGGACCGUUUCAGGGGGCCUGAGGGACCUUGGGACCGUUUCAGGGGGCCUGAGGGACCUCCGGACCGUCUUGGGGUGCCUGAGGGACCUUGGGACCGUUUCAGGGGGCCUGAGGGUCCUCCGGACCGUUUUGGCGGGCCUGAGGGUCCUCCGGACCGUUUUGGCGGGCCUGAGGGUCCUCCGGACCGUUUUGGCGGGCCUGAGGGUCCUCCGGACCGUUUUGGCGGGCCUGAGGGUCCUCCGGACCGUUUUGGCGGGCCUGAGGGUUCUCCGGACCGUUUUGGCGGCCCUGAGGGACCUCGGGACCGUUUUGGCGGCCCUGAGGGUCCUUGGGACCGUUUUGGCGGCCCUGAUGGACCUCGGGAGCGUUUUGGCAGGCCCGAGGGACCUCGGGAGCGUUUUGGCGGACCUGAGGGUUCCCGGGAGCGUUUUGGCGGGCCUGAGGGACCUCGGGAGCGUUUUGGCGGGCCUGAGGGACCUCGGGAGCGUUUUGGCGGGCCUGAGGGACCUCGGGAGCGUUUUGGCGGGCCUGAGGGACCUCGGGAGCGUUUUGGCGGGCCUGAGGGUCCUUGGGAGCGUUUUGGCGGCCCUGAGGGUCUUCGGGAGCGUUUUGGCGGCCCUGAGGGUCCUCGGGAGCGUUUUGGCGGCCCUGAGGGUCCUCGGGAGCGUUUUGGCGACGCUGAGGGUCCUCGGGAGCGUUUUGGCGGCCCUGAGGGUCCUCGGGAGCGUUUUGGCGGCCCUGAUGGUCCUCGGGAGCGUUUUGGCGGCCCUGAGGGUCCUCGGGAGCGCUUUGGCGGCCCUGAGGGUCCUCGGGAGCGUUUUGGCGGCCCUGAGGGUCCUCGGGAGCGUUUUGGCGGCCCUGAGGGUCCACGGGAGGGCUUCGGCGGCCCUGAGGGUCCUUGGGAGCGUUUUGGCGGGCCUGGGCUUCCCCCACCUCGAGAGCCGUUUGAUGAUACACACAAGGAUAAUUUGUGCUUUUCUGAAGAACAAGCACAAGACAGGUUUGCGCCUCCUGAGAUUUCUUCACAGGACAGUUGGGCUGAUAAAAGGGACCCUUGCAGUAACAGGUGGCCUCAUGAGAGUAGCAUGUUGGAUAGCAGGCAAACACAUCGCAGAGAAUCCUCCCUGGAGAAACCUGAUGAAAGAUGGAAUAGACAGACAGAAGGUUUUGGUACUACCCCUGAAGACAAAAAGGAUGGCCAAAAUGUUCCUCCAGGAAGAAGGCCUGAUAAGGAAGAAAAACUUCCUGGUGUAAAUGUUAAAGCACAUAAUCCCAUUGUAUCUUACCAAAGCCAGUUCAAAAGGGUGAAUCAGCUGGGUAAGACAACUAGUGCCCAGUUAGGGAAAAUUACAGAUUUCAGUAGUGCUGGCGGAACUAGACAGGAGCACCAAGAUGUAGAAAUGCAAAACGUUGAUAAACCUUCCAAGGAACACUUAGAUUGCAAAAGUAAUAGUCCAGCAGUGAAAGAGUCUCCUAAAAUCCUCAGUCAAACCACUCCUAAUGUCAAAAAAGUGAAGGAAACGGUUUCUAACACAGCUAAAACUGAAGCUUCAGAUGUGAAAAAAAUUGAUCACCCUGUGGCCCCUAGUUCUAGUAAGUCAGCUGACCAAAAAUUGCCUGCCCCCAAUAAAGAAAAUUACCCUGGGGUUUCAGUGCCUGCUUCUCUGGACACUGCUGUUCAGCUGGGUGGCCCUCAUGCAUCUAAUGCCAGUAAUUUGAAUUCCUCAAAAUUGUCUGGUACCAGCGGUUCAUGCGCCUCACCGGCUCCUACUCCUGAGGCUGCAAAGCCAGGUGCCCCACAGGUGCCUGUCUCCAGUCCAUCCACUGAAACAUUUGUUUCCAGUAAGCAGGUGGCUGAUACUACAGUUACUUCUAAGGCAUCUUCCCUUAAUAAGCAGAAUGACACUCAGACAACAUCCUUUGGAAAGUCAGGUGCCCCUCCACCAGCUUCUCCCAUUAGACCAGAUGCUCCACAGGCCACUGCUCUUGUUAAACCUGGUGCUCCACAGGAACCUUUGGCAGUCAAGCCAGCAGCACAUGGACCUCUGCUUCCCUUGCCAGGAGCCCCCCGGGCACCAGGCCCUGUCAGGCCAGGAGCCCCCCGAGCACCUACCCCUGUCAAGGCAGGACUCUUGCAGACACCUGUCCGGCCAGGGGCCCCCCGGGCGCCUGCCCCUGUCCAGCCGGGGACCCCCCGGGCGCCUGCCCCUGUCCAGCCGGGGACCCCCCGGGCGCCUGCCCCUGUCCAGCCGGGGACCCCCCGGGCGCCUGCCCCUGUCCAGCCGGGGACCCCCCGGGCGCCUGCCCCUGUCCAGCCGGGGACCCCCCGGGCGCCUGCCCCUGUCCAGCCGGGGACCCCCCGGGCGCCUGCCCCUGUCCAGCCGGGGACCCCCCGGGCGCCUGCCCCUGUCCAGCCGGGGACCCCCCGGGCGUCUGCCCCUGUCCGGCCUGGGGGCCCCCGGGCGCCUGCCCCUGUCCGGCCGGGGGCCCCCCAGUCGCCUGCCCCUGUCCGGCCGGGGGCUCCCCAGUCGCCUGCCCCUGUCCGGCCAGGUGCUCCCCAGUCGCCUGCCCAAGUCCAGCCGGGUGCCCCCCAGGCGCCUGCCCCUGUCCGGCCGGGUGCCCCCCAGGCGCCUGCCCCUGUCCGGCCGGGUGCCCCCCAGGCGCCUGCCCCAGUCCGGCCGGGUGCCCCCCAGGCGCCUGCCCCUGUCCGGCCGGGUGCCCCCCAGGCGCCUGCCCCUGUCCGGCCAGGGGCACCUUCCCUUGUCAGGCCAGGGGUUCCUGCUCCUGUCAGGCCGGGGGCGCCCGGGGUACCUUCCCCUGUCCGGGCAGGAAUGCCUGCCCCUGUCAGGCCAGGGGGCCCUAGGGCUCCCCGAGCACCUGCCCCUGUCAGGCCAGUUGCUCCCCGAGCGUCUACACCUGUCAGACCAGGAGCUCCCCGGGCACCUGCUCCUGUCAGGCCGGUAGCACCCAUGUUGCCCACCACUGUCAGGCCUGGAGCUCCCGGAAUGCCUAUGCCUGUCAGGCCUGGAGCUCCCGGAAUGCCUAUGCCUGUCAGGCCUGGAGCUCCCGGAAUGCCUAUGCCUGUCAGGCCUGGAGCUCCCGGAAUGCCUAUGCCUGUCAGGCCUGGAGCUCCCGGAAUGCCUAUGCCUGUCAGGCCUGGAGCUCCCGGAAUGCCUAUGCCGGUCAGGCCAGGAGCUCCCGGAAUGCCUAUGCCGGUCAGGCCAGGAGCACCCGGAAUGCCUAUGCCGGUCAGGCCAGGAGCACCCGGAAUGCCUAUGCCGGUCAGGCCAGGAGCACCCGGAAUGCCUAUGCCGGUCAGGCCAGGAGCACCCAGGAUGCCUAUGCCGGUCAGGCCAGUAGGCCCUCAGAGGCCUACUUUUAAUAACAACAAGGAGGCCCUGGGUCCUUAUACAGGGACUGAUCCUGAGACCGUAAUCAAUAAACCAGAAAUUCAGUCAGGCCAUGAAACCAUGAUGGAAAGUAAACACUUAUUUAAAACACCCAAUCCAGAUGCUCGCCAGAUGUUUUUAAGGCGACACUCCCCUGACCAAGACGUUGCUGAAGCUGAUUUACCCCAUGAGUCAGACAGAUUCCAAGGUUUAAGUCAGUUUGAAAUGUCCGAUGAAAAUGAGCUUGAUCCAGAUGAUGACUGGCCCAGUCAGGGACACGGGAGAGAGAACUUUGAAACACAAUUUGAUUAUCGGGGAAGGGGGCGAUCAAGAGGAUUUAUGAAUGCUAGAGUUCCACUUAGACCAGGUGUUCGUGAUGUAAUAGAUGUUCCAGGUGACAGAGGUUUUGGGACAAGGGAUUCAUUCUUAGAUGACAGACCGCCGUUUAGAGAGGUCCUGGAUGAUAUACCACCUUUUCCUAGAGGUCCUUUUCCCAGAGAGCCAAGGUUUCCAGAAAGAGAGCUGUUGCCUUUAGAUUCCAUGUUAGACAUUGGAAGGAGAAAUUUACCUGUAAGAGAGAGGGGCGAUGAUUGGGAAAGAGACAGACAUUGGCUGGAUUGUGAGCCAGGUUUCCCCAGAGACCCCUAUUUUAGGGAUGACAGAUUGCCUUUCCCUCUUCCACCUUUGCCUCGUGAUAUAGAUGUUUGGCGUGACCCUUGGUUAGAUGGUUUUCUGGACAGGGAUAUGGACAGAGAGGGAUUUUUGGAAAGAAGAGAAAGACGUUAUUUAUUUGAACCUGAUAUCGGCAGAGAUCUUCCUAGAAUUCCAGAAGACCUGGAUAUUCCCCUCAGAGACCUGCAUUGGCUGCCACCUACACGCCCCCUGUCUCCACGUCGUCCAUUCUCCCCGCUUCGAUCUCGUUCCCCACUACCACCGCUUCCACCCCUCGACAGGUAUGUGGAUGAGUUGUGGAAAGCGGAAAGAGAUGUGGAGGACAGAGACUUUCGUGAUCGUGGAGAGAUCCAUGUACGGGAAUACCCAGAACGUCCCUUGUGGCACGAUGAUCGGAAACUGGAGUUGCAUGAAAGGACAAAUCUUGAGCCUAGGGAUGAACGAUGGUUUCCACCGGAAGAAAGGGUAGUGGAUGAUGGGCUGAAUCCACUUCCACCUCAAAUACCCAUUGCUCCUGUGUCUUUGGUGCACCCUGAUGAGCCAGCAGCCUCUGAACCCGAUCCUGCUCCAUCUAGCGUGGUGGCGCUAAGCCAGCGACAGCAUGAGAUCAUACUGAAAGCAGCCCAGGAACUGAAAAUGCUCAGGGAGCAGAAAGAGCAGCUUGACAGCUUGAAGCACUUUUUGGGUGAAACAAAACCCUCCGACGACCUUCAGCAAAAUUCGGCCCCUCAGCCAACUGAAGGGUUAGUGAAGGGAGAAGAGCCUGCCUCUACCAUACCGCAUACACCCCAGGGCGAUAGAAGAGCUACUGACCGCUGGGAUGAGGACUCAUUCAAUGGGCUUUGGGAAGAAGAGAGGAGUCGCCUCCAAGGAGGUUCCAAGCUGUCCGGGAUUCAGCAGACCGUAGACUAUGGCCAUGGCCGAGAUCCUGCGGUUGGGAAAGUAGAACAGACGCCAUAUGGGGAGAGGGUGGUGCUUCUGCCAGAACCGUCCUUGGAGCGAGAAAAUUCCUCAUUCCCUAAAGAUUAUUUGAUUGAUUGCUAUGACCGAGACUUCAGGGACCGGGAUCCCUUCUUGGAGCGGCAGAGCAGUAAAACAUCCCGAGAGUAUGAUAGAGAGCGCGAGAGAGAGCGUGAACGAGACCGUGACCGCUCAGAGACGCACAGAGACAGAGGAGAAAAUGACCGGGAACGGUUUGACCGCGAUCGACACUCUCGAGAAGACAGGUCAUCAUCUUACCGUGACAAAGAGAGCUCCAGCCGUCGCAGUGACCGGAAGCCCGAGAGGGGAACCUACGAUGUGACACCUCCCACAUUUGGAGGAUCCCGUAGGAGUUACUCAGAGGAAAGGACGGGAAUGCCACCUCCCGCGACUGGUCCUCCACCGGAGAAGAAGCCCGAGACCAAAAACGUGGACGAUCUCCUGAAGCCACCAGGCCGAGGCAGCAGGCCUGAACGGAUUGUUGUCAUCAUGAGAGGAUUGCCUGGAAGUGGGAAAACGCACGUUGCCAAGCUGAUCAGGGAUAAAGAGGUGGAGUGUGGGGGCUCUGCUCCCAGAGUAUUGAGCCUUGAUGACUACUUCAUCACAGAGGUGGAGAAGGUUGAAAAAGACCCAGAGUCUGGUAAAAAAGUUAAAAGAAAGGUCAUGGAGUACGAGUUUGAAAAAGAUAUGGAGGAGUCCUAUCGCAUUGGAAUGCUAAAAACAUUCAAAAAGACACUGGAUGAUGGCUUCUUCCCGUUCAUCAUCUUGGACAGUAUCCAUGACCGCGUGCGACACUUCGAACAGUUCUGGAGCGCAGCGAAGACCAAAGGAUUUGAGGUGUACCUGGCUGAGAUCACUGCAGACACUCAGACGUGUGCAAAACGAAACGUGCACGGGCGCAAGACGAGGGAUAUUAACAGGAUGGCGGAUAACUGGGAAACAGCCCCACGGCACAUGAUUCGCUUAGAUAUCCGCUCCCUGCUUCAGGAUGCAGCCAUCGAGGAGGUUGAAAUGGAGGAUUCUGAGCCGAGUGCAGACCCAGAGAAAGAAGCAAAGGGGCCGUCCGAGGAGGAGGAGAGCGAUCGGGUAGGAGAGGAUGUGAAGUCUGCCUGCAGUUCCAGAAAUGGCUAUCUUCCGAAAAGCAAAUGGGAGAUGGAUACUUCUGAAGCUAAACUUGAUAAACUGGAUGGAUUAAAGACUAGGAAGCGGGACUGGGAGUCCAUGGCAGGUUCCCUAGAAGAUUAUCUGCAACUGCCAGAUGAUUAUGACUCUCGGGAGUCGGAGCCUGGAAAGAAAAGGGUCAGAUGGGCAGAUCUGGAAGAAAAGAAAGAUGCGGACAGGAAAAGGGCCAUUGGCUUUGUAGUUGGCCAGACUGACUGGGAUAAGAUAACCGAUAAAAGUGGACACCUGGCCGAGCGAGCGCUAAACCGCACCAAAUAUAUUUGAGUUUUGUCAAUGUAGGUCUUGGACAGAAGCCGACAGGGUUCCAAAUGUCUGUAUUUCAUUCCACAAGAUUAUCUUGUUUGUUUUUUUUCGUCAUGUAACGGUGAAACCUGCCUAAACGCCACCAGUCCGGCACCAAUAGAAUUUGCUGUAGUUACAAUGCAGUCCCUGAAUUGUGCAUGUUUUCAGCUUUAUAUUAUGUUGUUUAUUUAGUUUCCUGUGCUUAGAAUUAAAUAAAGUAUUUUGGACACAGGGA